AAACUGGUCUGACUUCAUCUCAAAUGGCCCCGUAGGGCAACAAGGAUGGUUAGUUUUGACCCUAUUUAUUUGUGCCAUAAAACAAUCGAUCCUAAUUGACAGCUAUUUGGACUUUUACAUCUGCCAAACCCUUUUUCUUGAACUGUGGUCGCUAAAUGAGGGGAGUCUGGUCUGGGAAGUCCCAUCUAUUCCUUCAAUAGGAUGGGGAGUGGAGAUAGUGUCUCCGGCGAUCUCAAGAAUAGGAGGGAAUGUUGACCAGGGAGCACCGCUGCGGCCGAUCAGAGGAGCAGGAACUGGAGCCCAGGCCGAGUCCGAAAAAAGCCAGAUCUGGAAGGUGCCUGCGGAACGGUUUUAAGUGGAAGAUGGAGGAGCCGGAGGAACCGGCGGACAGUGGGCAGUCGCUGAUCCCGGUUUAUAUCUAUAGUCCCGAGUAUGUCAGUAUGUGUGACUCCCUGGCCAAGAUCCCCAAACGGGCCAGUAUGGUACAUUCUUUGAUUGAAGCAUAUGCACUGCAUAAGCAAAUGAGGUAAGUUGUCUUUCUUGAACGUAGCCCUGAAGCUAGGUGUUCGUAGCCUUAAUACCCUGCUUCACAGUGGAGCAAGGAAGAGAACGGUCUCUUGAAAAAAUUAUUU